GGGUUAACGACAAACUACCAUUGUCCCUAGCGGAACGACACUUGGGUGAUUAAUGGAGUAAAAAGUUAUUUUCGUUUUCUUGUUUGACCUCAGAAAAAGUCAGUAAUUUGAUCCCAAAAUUGUGAGAUAUUAUUUAUAAGAAUUGACUGAUUUCUGUUAAUAUGUUGUUGUUUUUCUUCACUAAAGAUGGCUGGUAACAACGACAACCAGGAUGGGAGAAGCAAUGACAUUCGGGAACUUGCAAGAAUUAUUCAGCAGUCCCAGAAGGAUCAAAUCCCGAAGAUUGACGUUCCAUUGUUUGAUGGUAACAACGCCUCGGGAUGGGCAGAAAAGUUCGAGCAAUUGGGAAGUUGCUGCGAAUGGUCGAAUGAAAAGAUGUUGCGAAUGGUGAAGAGAUACUGCAAGAUCCAGUAUAAGGAAGAGGUGGAGGAGUUGGUACAAGAUUCGCUGGACUGGGCAGAAUUCAAAAGGAAGCUGUUAGAAAAGUACCAGCUGAGCGAUCAACUGGUGGACUUGAUCGAUUUGAGGAAGGUUAGUCGGAAAAGCUUUGGUACAACAAAGCAGUUCCUUACUGAAUUCGAGCGGGUGGCGACCUUAUCUGACAUGAGGGAAAUGAUGAGCAGUAUGAAGGAGGAACGGUUAAAACUUCAAGUGAUGAUGGCUAAGGCAAAAACUGGGAAGAGAAAAGGGAAGGAGCCUGUCACUGAAGAGAGUAGCAGUGAGAGUGAGAGCGAGGAGGAAAGGGAACCUCCUCGUAAGUUGACCAAGGCUGAGAGGAAAGCCUUGAACCAGAUACGAGGAGGGCAAAGUACUUCUCGUAAACAAGGAGAAAGCAGCAAGAACGGAGGAAAUGGAAGCGGGGAGCGACAGGUUGACCAAGGACAACAAAAUCAAGGUCAACAGACUCAACCACAGGGUGGUCGAGGCCGUGCUAGAGGCCGCGGAAAUGGAGGCGGAUGUGGGAACUGGCAGGAAUACGUCUGCAAAUAUUACGAUAUGAAGGGACAUGUUAUUCGUUUCUGCCAGAUUCUCGCUAAGGACGAGAAGGACCAUAUCGUCUUCACGACGAUUCGAGGAAAAGUCUUUGACUUCGAGGAAAAUCUCAUCGAUCAGGAUAUUGAAGGAGGAAUGAGAAAAGAGGCUUUUCGACGGAUGGGCCGUCCUCUUCCGACUACAUUCCGGUUAGCUUCUCCUGAAGAAGCAAACCUUUUUGAGUUAGAAGAAACAAUGGUUUCUCUGGAGAUUGGUGGGUGUGAUGAAAAAGAGUUGGAGGAAAGGAAAAAAGACAUUGCUCAUCGGGCGCUAGAAGACCUGCAGAAGUUGAAUUCUGUAACAGUCCGAGAUGCGGGCGGACUUCCGAAUGCCGAUCAACUCUCGGAAUCUUGUGCAGGCAGGCCCAUCAUCACCCUAAUUGAUUUAUAUUCAGGGUAUGAUCAGUUCCCGCUGUACACAGCGGAUCGACCUGUGACGGCGAUGCAUACGCCUCGGGGACUGCUUCAUAUGUGCGCGGCUCCGCAAGGUUGGACAAAUGUUGUGGCAAUUGUGCAGAGAUAUAUGAUGAGAGUCAUGCAGCCACUUUGUCCAGACGUGACUUCUCCAUAUAUUAAUGAUUUGGCUAUCCCAGGACCUCGAGUCAAGGACGAGACUGAAGUUGUACCCGACGUUCGAAAGUUCGUGUGGGAGCACAUCAACAAUGUAGAAAAGGUUCUGAGUAAACUGAACGAAUAUAACCUCACUGCUAGUGGGGUUAAAUCGAGGCAUGUCCCUGUGGAUGGAUUCCUGGAAGGAGAAGAGUCACACUUGAGUAUUAACUCAUACAAUUAUUUGGCGGAUGCAACAACCCGACAUGGGAAAACCAUCUAUAAUGCUCCUUGUUUCUAUCAUGUGCGAUUAGAGCUUGUGAUUGGGGAACCGUUUAUUGAGGAAGACCCAUGGGGUGAAAGAACAUCAGAGCAAAUGAUGAACUUAGCUUUGUCUGAUAAAGUCGAGUUUAUCAAAGAGCCGCUGAUGAUUGAGUAUGGGCAUGAGCAGGCUGAUAAGACUUUCAGGAUCACUGGAGAGAUGUCAUUGAAUUCUCUAAUUCACGAGGACCGCCUGAAAAUGAUGAAUGAAGAAGCAGAAGGCAGUGAAAUCAGAGAAGCUUUCAGAGAAGGAGAGUAUGAUGGGGAGUAUAAAUUAAUGGGAAUGUGGUUGAAUGGUGAGUUGAGGGAGGAUGAGGUGGAUCCAGUUGUUCGUCAGAAAAGAUAUGGAAACGAAGCUUUCAACGGAGGAGUUGCUGGAAUUGAGGGCAAGACAAGUGAUGAUCACUGAGGAAAGGAUUGAGGAGGUCGUUGCCUCUACUGCAGAGAGUAGGCAAGCCGACAAGGAAAGAUGGGAUAAAAUGCCUCGUGUUCG